AUGGCUAUGAUCAGAUGUUGCCUCGAGACGGAGGUACCUGACGUUUUCGAGACCCUCGUGCGGAAGUGCACUGACCCAGGCUGUGAGUAUAAAUUAUCACUCUGUGAUAAAGUAACGAGUAUUGCGGAUACUAUUUGUGUUAAUUGUGUAACGCUUUAAAAGGCGGGAAUUCAUUUCGCCGAUUGAAUAUCUCGAUGCUAGAUGAAGUAAUAGUCGAUAAAGUAUAUUCGAAUAAUGCGUUCUGGUAUUUCUAGUUAUUACAAAAAAAUAUUUCUAUAUUUUUAUAGCAUUCACGUGACACAAUUGAUCAAGUCCAAGAAUGUUAAAUUUUGAAUCGUUCAGUGGUCAACAUUGAUACCAUGAGAAUAAAAUGUAAAGCCUAAUACAAGGAUAUCUCAUUGGAAAAUAAAAAUACAUGGAAGUAUUUUUCUACCUUGUUACGUUUUUACAGUUCGGGAAACUAACGAAUUUUUACUUUAUUUAGUAUUUAAAAUUAUUAAACUAACAAAUUUAUGCAAUUUAAAGAUAAUUUCAUUCACUUUGUGAAACUUCCGCAUGUCAGUCUUGUGAAUUCCAAGUAAAAUUAACUUUCAGGCUUUUGUUCACGAGUGAACUGAUUAAACUUGACGAGCACACGUGCCUUUUCAUGGUUUUUAUCGCAACUAUGUAUGGUUGACAUACUUCGCAUCUGCACUUGAUAUUCAUACAUUAAUGAAACAUAAAUGAACCAGUGUGCUAAUUGCUCGGUAACAAAAUUAAGAGAGGAAUGUAAAAUAUGUAAAUCAGUUGUGAAGUGUUUUCUUCUUUCAAACUUUCGCAGCUGCAUACAGCGAAAAUUGUAUAUUUAUGAUGGCACAUUAAUAAUAUGUCUAUCGAUUUAUCGAUGGUGUACACAAGUAAUACUCACUUACUUUGCAUGGACUUCGUCGAUAUUCUGCACAUUAACUUGCAGUUGUUUUAAUCGACUGCACUCGUACGAUCUGGUUCAAGUAUCUUAAGAGAUAGAUUAUUUGCAAGGACAUGAUACUUGAAACAAAAUUGAUUCCUUUACUUCUUUUGUAUUAUUUUUAUUCAAUACUCAUUCUUAACCUUUAAUGCAAUUUUUCAAUUUUAUACAUACCACACUGUGAAUUACAAUUACAAAUAAAGUCAAAAUGAUUCUAAAAUAGGAUAAAACAAGAAGUUUUCUUUCUUGAGAAAAUUAAGUUUGACGAGAUGAUGCACAUAAAAAUGUAGAACGAAAUAUAUUGAAAUUAAUUUAAAAUAAAUCUAUAGAAAUACAUACAGUGUGUAUCUCUUUUCGUAGACAUCACAAAAACAUUAAUAUUCAAUGGAACCACAUUUGACGUUUGUUAAUAUGUAAUUAAAAGUCUUGUCGUUUGUUCUUUAUUAAAGCAAAUAUUUCCGAGAAGAGCAGCGAGAACUUAUUUAUAUCCCUGGUGUAAACUAUUAAGUUAUGUAACAAGUUUUUAAAUAAAAUCUUCUUUUUUCAUUAUUUUUUUAUCUAUAAUUGUUCAACAAUAUAUUUCCUAAAAGGAACAAAUAAAAAAUAUAUAUAAAGGAAUAGUGCAGAUUCGUGUUUAUAUUAAUUUUCUAGUAGCAUUUCUUAAUUAAAUUCUUAAUAAUAAUAAUUAACUUUCGCGUACUAAUUACAAGUAGGUUCUAAAAAUGAUUCUCACUCUCACCGCCAUUUACGAACAGACUGAUAUUGAUUACCGAAGCCUCGUGUCAACAUCCGGAACAUCUUGUCUUCCUAAAUCAGUUUAGCUGACAAGCGUUCACGCUUUUAUCUUAAAAUAGUUCUUCCCCUUAUUCUGCCUCGAAUACACGUAUUGUGUCUCGUUAUAAUAAAGAAGAAUACAGUCCCUUUCGAUCUAAUUUGCCUCAUUUUUAACAACGUGUAAUUUAACUAAGAUAUCACAAGUAAAAAUUAAUAUACAAAUUAUUUAAUUUUAUCGAAUUUUAAAUUCCAUUUAUUUUACUUAAAAUAAAAUUAGUACUUAGUAUUUAAUAGUAAUAAUGAAGUGUAUUAACGAUUGUGUUCUAUACCUGUUAUUACUUUAUUGUCAUAUUAUGUUUAUUGAUAAAAUUGAUUUUGAAUAACUACUGAAGAUAUGCAAUGAAAUAUUGAAAUCUGCAAGAGUGAAUUGAGUUCAUAGCAGAAAAAUUAUUCCUUCACAGACCAUCUAUUUAUGUAGUUUCUAAAAUAUAUGUAAAUCAGGUAAGAAAGAUUAUUCUAAAUUUAUAUCUGAUUGAUUUUAACAAUAUUUAGAAUCAGUAGAUAUAAAUAUAUCCAGGAAUCGUGUUCAAAAUUUUAAUAUACUAUUGAUCAAUUUUGAAACAAGUAAUGAGAAUUGAUUGUUUUCCGAGUCUAUAAAAUAUUACAAUUACAUAUCCACACUUGAAAUUCAAUGAAAAAAAUUAACAAUGUAAAUAUUUUUUUUGGAGAAAAUUUAUAAAAAUAUCGGUCAAAAUUAAAAUUAAAAAUAAAUAUGAGCAAUUUGCAAGAAAUGAGCAAUGAAGUGAAGAAAACUAUUUUCAAAUUAGAUAAUAUUGAAACGAUUAAGUGCAAUGAGUGGAACAAUCUAUACUUUAAUGUAAAUAUUUUAAUAAUAAACGCAUCUUAUUAUAAUUUUAUUUCAAUUCAUUUCAUUUCCUCGAUUCUCUCAUGAAUAAAAUAUUAAAUCUUCUAGUGACUGAUAUCACAUUUAUAUUGGUUUUAUACUUAUACUAUAUUGUAUUCGCAAUAAUCGUAGAAUUUACGAAAAUAUUUACUUUCAUAAUUAUUUACGUUCCUAAUCUUUUAAUAAUUGUCUAAUUUUUUAAUUAUGUAUUCCAUUUUUAAAUAAGAAAAUGUGAAGAAAAUUAAUGUAAAAUUUAAAUCUAUAAGAAAAAAAAUUUUUAAUUUUAAUUUCAAUUUAAAUUCAAUAUUGAACGUAAUUAAAAAAUUAUUAAUGUGGCGGCGCGUGCAUUUUGAAAAACGCCGCCACAUAAAAGUAGAUCGUGUUGCCAUCUUUUAACUUUUAUCUGCAUUUUGAAAUUAAGGAACCCUAAUCGAUAAGAACGAGAUUGAUAUUACCGACCUUAAAUUCAUGAUAAAAUUUUGUCAUUGAAGACAAAUCUAAAAUUCGUGUAUGACAAAAUCCAAAAUAUUUAUUUAUUUGUAACUGAAUUUGCAUAUAUUCUAAUCACUGCAAAGAUUAAUAGCAGUGUUUCACAAAAGAAUCGCAUACAGCAAACUGCAGUAGUGAUUUUCGGUAGUGACUAA